CUUUUCGUCAACCAAUCAGAGGCGACCCGAAAAAGCAUGACCCGUCCGGGAAGGUGCGGACGCUUUUGCCGAGGGAAGAGACGUUCACGACUUCACUUCAGACCUCAGAUCAUCCACGACCACUUCAUUGCGGACAGCACAACGAAUCAAUAUGACUUCAAUUGUGCGACCAGCAAUGCUUCAGAAGACGUGUUUCGCAGCAGCUUCGAGGCGUGCCUUCUCGACGAAGCUCUCUUCUAACCCCGCCACCAAUCCUACCUCAGUCUUAUCGAGAAAGGUCGUCCGUAAUACGUUUGCCAGAGAUGCUGUGCCAGGUUCGAUGCGAGUAGCUGCUUUCCAUGCAAGUGGCAGACGAUCACUUCUUCCAGCUCUACCACAGGUCGUUCAAGGAACUGCGAAUGAUCCAGCACCAGUGCCCACCCCAAGUCCCUCGCAUGGCUCCUACCAUUGGACCUUCGAGCGUUUGAUCUCUGCCGGUCUCGUCCCACUCACGAUUGCACCAUUUGCCGCCGGAUCAUUAAACCCCAUGAUGGACGCUAUCCUCUGCGGUACAAUCCUGAUCCAUUCACAUAUCGGCUUCGAAUCCAUCGUCAUCGAUUAUAUCCCCACGAAGCGAUUGCCGAAGACAAGGGUGUUAUUUUGGUGGGGUUUGAGGGCCGCGACUGUCUUGGUUGGUGUUGGUUUGUACGAAUUCGAGACGAACGAUGUUGGUGUCACGGAGGCUAUCAAGAGGAUUUGGAAGGCAUGAGGGACGAGGAAAGCUUGUAUGGUAUCGAGUGGGAAUGGAUUGAGCAUACCAGGUAGGCCGUGCGAAGUAGCAGAUACAUUUUGCCUCAAAUGAUUUCGAACUUGAAUACUGUUUGUUGUGGAAUCUUUGAGACAUAUCGUGGCGCUUUUUUUUCGUGAUAUUUUAUUUUCCAGGAAAUCAACUACAUAUCUAUCAUAAUGAGAACCACUAAGCUUCUUUAUUCAAAAAGAGCUGGCACUGUCGAUAUUGCAAGGCAAGAAGAGUGUUCUCUUGGCUCUUAAGAUAUUUAUUCAAGUCGAGCACAUAGCAACCUCAGGCGAUGUACUAGCUAUCAUUUGGCUGUGCCUCGCUUAGCUUCGAAAGACCAAAAACUCACAGAGCCAAAGGCUGGUGUC